AUGUCAAAAUCCCUCUUUGACAUUGUCUCGGACUUCCCAUACUACGAGGAGGCACCAGCCCGCUUCACCGACACGCUCAAAUACUACCAUGCAUUGAGAGUAGAAGGCAUCGAUGCAACUCUCGGAUACAUCCCAAACACUCUUGUACGAAGCAUCUCCUGGCCAAAGGAGCAUUGGAUGAUUGACUCUGGGACAAUUGUCCUAAUCAACCCCCCGGACAGUGCAGCGUCCACACGGACUCGAAUCAUCCAAGACGCAAUCAACAAGAUGAUUGAGGCCGGGUACACAGAUAUCCUAAAAGGCUGGCGCAACGAGCGAUUCCCUGUCUAUGGUCCCAGCGGCGACGUGAUCCUGGAGAUUGAACGGUCCGCGAGCUCACUAUUCGGUAUUGUAACGAGCGGCGUGCAGAUGCUUUGUUACGUUAAGGAUGCAAAUGGUAUUCAACUCUGGAUUGCGAAACGCUCGAUGCAGAAACAGACUUAUCCAGGUAUGUUGGACUGCACUGCCGCCGGGGCCCUGAGCACGGGAGAGUCGCCGCGAAGCGCCAUGAUCCUCGAGGCUACGGACGAGGCGUCUAUUGACCGCAAGAUUAUCGAAAGUGGCAUGAGAUACGUCGGGGCUAUCUCGUAUUUCCACAUGAAAGGCUCGUCUGUUGCAUUUGGGAGCGAGGGGUGCUCGACGACUGUUCUGUUGCCCGAAGUCGAAUACCUAUUCGAACUUCAGCUCGACGAGGAUACUGUUCCCCGGCCGAAGGAUUCAGAGGUGGAGAACUUUCGACUUUGGAAUGUGGACCAGGCGCUUGACGCCUUGGGCAGGGGACUGUUUAAACCGAAUAGUGCGGUUGUAGUCAUCGACUUUUUGAUUCGCCACGGGGUCAUCACGCCGGAGACGGAGCCAAUGUAUGAAGAGAUUAUAAGGAGACUGCAUCGAGAGCUGCCGUUUCCAACAGCAGACUGGUCCACCUAA